AUGGACCCGGAGGAUGACCCCUUGCUGCAGGAUGUGUGGCUAGAGGAGGCGCAGGAAGAGGAGGAGGAAGCAACGGGUGAGGCCUUUAGGAGGGCCCAGAAGCCGGGGCCCCAAGCUGGGGCAGGGGGGCAGUGUUGCUGGCGGCACUGGACCUUGCCCUCCCGGCCCCCAGCGUCAGGCUUUUGGAAUACACUGGGCUGGGCCUUCACCAAUCCGUGCUGUGCGGGGCUGGUGCUCUUCCUCGGCUGCAGCAUCCCCAUGGCUCUUUCAGCCUUCAUGUUCCUCUACUACCCGCCGCUGGACAUUGACAUCUCUUACAAUGCCUUUGAGAUCCGCAACCAUGAGGCCUCCCAGCGUUUCGACGCCCUCGCACUGGCACUCAAAUCCCAGUUUGGGUCCUGGGGGCGCAACCGGCGCGACCUGGCCGACUUCACUUCUGAGACGCUCCAACGCCUCAUCACAGAGCAGUUGCAGCAGCUACAUCCAGGCAAUCGCUCACGGCCGGCCACCCGGGCCCCGUACCACGUCCCUGCCGCGCUGCAGCGUGGCCCAGGACCGUGGGACACCUCCACCGCUCAGAAGCCAGCAGCCAAUCGGAGCGGGCGUCUUCGGCGAGCGACUCCACCCCUGGGGAGCCUGGCAGCCAACCAGAGUGAAGCCCAGGUGAACCAGGGGCUGGACAAGAGUGGGCGGCGCCAACCCAGCGCCCCUCCCCCCACGGCGCCUGCGGCCAAUCAGAGCCGUGCCCGCCGCGGCGCCUCGCGUUGGGACUACUCACGCUCCUAUGUGAGCGCCAACACCCAGACGCACGCGCACUGGCGCAUCGAGCUCAUUUUCCUGGCGCGUGGCGACGCAGAGCGCAACAUUUUCACGAGUGAACGGCUGGUCACAAUCCACGAGAUUGAGCGCAAGAUCAUGGACCACCCGGGCUUCCGGGAGUUCUGCUGGAAGCCCCAUGAAGUGCUGAAAGACCUGCCGCUCGGCUCCUACUCUUACUGCUCCCCGCCGAGCUCGCUCAUGACCUACUUCUUUCCCACUGAGAGGGGUGGCAAGAUUUACUAUGAUGGCAUGGGCCAGGACCUGGCCGACAUCCGGGGCUCCCUAGAGCUGGCCAUGACUCACCCGGAGUUCUACUGGUAUGUGGACGAAGGCCUCUCUGCGGAAAACCUCAAGAGCUCCCUCCUGCGCAGCGAGAUCCUCUUUGGAGCACCCCUGCCCAACUACUACUCGGUGGACGAUCGCUGGGAGGAGCAGCGGGCUAAGUUUCAGAGCUUUGUGGUCACCUAUGUGGCCAUGCUGGCCAAGCAGUCCACUAGCAAAGUGCAGGUUCUGUAUGGGGGGACGGACCUCUUUGAUUACGAGGUUCGCAGAACCUUCAACAAUGACAUGCUCCUGGCCUUCAUCAGCAGCAGCUGCAUUGCCGCCCUCGUCUACAUUCUCACCUCCUGCUCAGUGUUCCUGUCCUUCUUCGGAAUUGCCAGCAUCGGCCUCAGCUGCCUGGUGGCACUCUUCCUGUACCAUGUGGUCUUUGGUAUCCAGUACCUGGGCAUCCUCAAUGGGGUGGCUGCCUUCGUGAUAGUGGGCAUUGGCGUGGACGACGUCUUCGUAUUCAUCAACACCUACCGCCAGGCCACCCACCUGGAAGACCCGCAGCUGCGGAUGACCCAUACCAUUCAGACGGCGGGCAAGGCCACCUUCUUCACCUCCCUGACCACGGCCGCCGCCUAUGCAGCUAACGUCUUCUCCCAGAUCCCGGCCGUCCACGACUUUGGCCUGUUCAUGUCUCUCAUCGUGUCCUGCUGCUGGCUGGCUGUGCUCUUCACCAUGCCUGCUGCCCUGGGCAUCUGGAGCCUUUAUAUGGCGCCGCUGGAGACUGCCUGCCAGACCAGCUGCCACCAGAAGUGCGGCUGCAGGAGCUCCCUGCACUUCCCCGGGGACGUGUUUGCUGCUGCUGAGCGGGCUGGGGGCAGCCCUGCUCAGGGCCCCAUGCCCUACCUGGAUGAUGACAUCCCCUUGCUCAAUGUGGAGGAGGAGCCAGUGUCGCUGGAGCUGGGAGACGCGUCCCUGGUGUCUGUGCCCCCCAAGGGCCUGCAGCCAGCCCCCGAUGGGGGCAGCCGGGGGCAGCUCAUCGCCCAGCUGCAGGAGCUGCUGCACCACUGGGUCCUGUGGUCGGCCGUCAAGAGCCGUUGGGUGAUUGUGGGGCUCUUUGUCUCCAUCCUCAUCCUGUCCCUGGUGUUCGCCAGCCGGCUCCGCCCCGCCAGCCGGGCCCCGCUGCUCUUCCGGCCGGAUACCAACAUCCAGGUGCUGCUAGACCUCAAGUACAACUUGAGCGCCGAGGGCAUCUCCUGCAUCACCUGUUCAGGUCUGUUCCAGGAGAAGCCCCACAGCCUGCAGAACAUCCGGACGUCCCUGGAGAAGAAGCGGGGCUCAGGGGUGUCCUGGGCCGGCCGGCCUGAGGCCGCCCUACAGGACUCCCCGGGCACUGUGUACGUCUCCAAGGUGAAGAGCAAAGGCCACCCGGCUGUCUACAGGUUCUCCCUCAACGCCAGCCUGCCUGGCCCUUGGCAGACCGUGUCCUCUGGGGACGGGGAGGUGCCCUCCUUCCAGGUGUAUAGAGCGCCUUUUGGUAACUUCACCAAGAAGCUGACCGCUUGUAUGUCUACAGUAGGGCUGCUCCAGGCGGCGAGCCCCUCCGGCAGGUGGAUGGUGACGACCUUGGCCUGCGACACCAAGCGGGGCUGGAAGUUUGACUUUAGCUUCUACGUGGCCGCCAAGGAGCACCAGCACACCCGGAAGCUGUACUUUGCCCAGUCCCACAAGCCCCCUUUCCACGGGCGUGUGUGUGCGGCCCCUCCUGGCUGCCUGCUCGGCUCCAGCCCCGAUGGGCCAACCAAAGGCUUCUUUUACGUGCCCAGCGAGAAAGCGCCCAAGGCCCGCCCCUCUGCCACCUUCGGCUUCAACCCCUGCGUGAACACGGGCUGUGGGAAGCCGGCGGUGCGGCCGCUCGUGGACACGGGGGCCAUGGUCUUCGUGGUCUUUGGCAUCAUUGGCAUCAACCGCACGCGGCAGGUGGACAACCAUGUCAUCGGAGACCCGGGCAGCGUCAUCUACGACAGCAGCUUUGACCUCUUCAAAGAAAUCGGGCACCUGUGUCGCCUCUGCAAGGCCAUCGCGGGGAACUCGGAGCUGGUGAAGCCGGGCGGGGCCCAGUGCCUGCCCUCAGGCUACAGCAUCUCCUCCUUCCUGCAGAUGUUGCACCCCGAGUGCAAGGAGCUGCCUGAGCCCCACCUGCUCCCAGGGCAGCUGUCACACGGGGCCGUGGGCGUCAAGGAUGGCCGAGUGCAGUGGAUCUCCAUGGCCUUCGAGUCGACCACGUACAAGGGCAAGUCCUCCUUCCAGACCUACUCGGACUACCUGCGCUGGGAGAGCUUCCUGCAGCAGCAGCUGAAGACGGUCCCCGAGGGCUCAGCCCUGCACCGCGGCUUCCAGACCUGUGAGCACUGGAAGCGGAUCUUCAUGGAGAUCAUAGGGGUGCAGAGCGCCCUGUACGGCCUGGCCCUCUCCUUGCUCAUCUGCGUGGCUGCGGUGACUGUGUUCACCACCCACGUGCUGCUCCUGUUGCCUGUGCUCCUGAGCAUCUUGGGCAGCGUCUGCCUCGUGGUGACCGUCAUGUACUGGAGCGGCUGGGAGAUGGGCGCCGUGGAAGCCAUCUCCCUGUCCAUCCUCGUCGGCUCCUCCGUGGAUUACUGCGUGCAUCUGGUCGAGGGCUAUCUGCUGGCCGGAGAGAACCUGCCCCCGCACCAGGCCGAGGAUGCCCACUCGCAGCGCCAGUGGCGGACGCUGGAGGCUGUGCGGCAUGUGGGCGUGGCCAUCGUCUCCAGCGCCCUCACCACAGUCAUCGCCACGGUGCCCCUCUUCUUCUGCAUCAUCGCCCCGUUUGCCAAGUUUGGCAAGAUCGUCGCACUCAACACUGGAGUCUCCAUCCUCUACACGCUCACGGUCAGCACAGCCCUGCUCGGCAUCAUGGCGCCCGGCUCCUUCACCCGGACCAGGACUUCCUUCCUCAAAGCCCUGGGUGCCGUGCUCCUGGCAGGGGCCCUGGGGCUGGGCGCCUGCCUGCUGCUCCUCCAGAGCGGCUAUAAGAUCCCCCUGCCCGAUGGGACCUCCCUAUAG